AUGCGCGUCCUCCUACUAGGAGCAACUGGGAAUCUGGGAUCUCGCCUUUUGCCAGCUCUAAUCAACAGAGGACACACUGUUUGCGCGUUCGUGCGGGAUCCCUCCAAGCUCGCCCCAGGUAUCCCGUCCGACCGCUUCAGCUUGGAGCGAGGCGACGCAACAAAAGCUGCCGACAUCAAAGCUGCCGUAACGCGUCACCAGUGCGAUGCCAUCGUGAAUGCAGCGGGUUACGCUGCUAUGCAACCCUGGGGUAAAAGCACAUUGCCUACUAUCGUCAAUGCAGUGAUCCAGGCCGCGCUAGAAAUCGGCCAAGAGCGCGGGACUCCAUUGCGACUCUGGGUGCUGGCUGGACAGGGUCUUAUGGAUAUCCCCACGAAGAAUUAUAUGCUGGUGGACUAG